UGCGCGCGCGGGGCUGCUGGGGGCGGGAGGGUAGCUCGCAGGUUCGCGACUGAUUCGGAGCCCCCUUGGCGCUCACGCCGCCGCUGCCCUGCGCGUGCGACCGCGGGGGGGCUCCGUUCUGGGGGCGGAGCUCGCUCGCUGUAGUUGCGGGGAGGGCGCUGCCUCCAGAGGAGCCAUCGGGCCGUAUGGACCGCCUCAAAAACCCGGUGUCUGUCGCAGCUCGCCCUUACGCCCUGCAUCACAGAUAGGAUUGGCAAUGCAGAAUCCUAUCUCAGGAUCCUGUCAGUGCAUCUGAACGUGAUAUAUGAAAGAAUUGCUCCCAGGAAGAGAAGCCUCCCUGCAAGGCCAACCCUCCAACCCUGAAGAUGUGGACUGCCAUCAUAUUCUUUCUGCUGAUUUCCUUCUCUAUAUGUGAACACAGGUUUUCUGUCCUGAAAGGGAGAGGAGUCCAUGUAAUGCGAAUAAACAGGCUUACAACUGAAAAGCAAUGCAGGCAGGCUUGUCAAAACCGAGAUGCCUCAGGUAGCCAUCGAUGUAAUUGGUCUGUGCCCUACCAGAAAAGCUGCAUCCUCUUGCAGUGCCACCAGCUAAGCAUGUGCCAGAAUGCCGGAGAAGAAGACAUCAAAGGUCUGCUUGGAGAAAUUGUCAGUGAGAAAAGGGAAACAGUCCUGUUUCACCACCAAAGCUAUCCACAGAAAAAGGAGAGGAUGGUGAAUACACGGGCUAACCGACACAAUGUGGAAAACCUGGUUUCAGCAACUCAGACUCUUAAGAUUCACUUGAGGCAUUUGCUUGAGGUUGAGAGUGAAGAUGUAACAAGUGCCAGGAAAACAAUUCCAAGCAAUGCUACCAGCACCACAGUGACUACCACCACUGCCAGAGGCGUAACAACAAACGUUACAAAUGCAACUGUCCUUACAAAAGCUUAUGAAGUAGCUGCCAACACGUCAGAUUCCUCUGGAGGUUUUGGGUUCCUUGCAGAAGCCAUGUCAUCAGCUGCUUCUUCUCCCACUUCUGGUAACAUCCCUGCUUCCACUUCCAGCCACGUCACAAAGCUUGUGACCACUACUGAAAAAACAGGAAACAGUAGUUUUGUUUCAGUAUUAUCCCCUACUUCUACUUCUGGUCCCCUCACUGUUAUUUCUCAAGCAGGUACUCAAAUGCCUCAAACAGAACAGUUCAACCCAGCCACCACCAUCACAAGCGGUCGCCAUUCUAGUAGCCCUGUCACUGUUGGAGCUAGCCCAAAGAUGCGGAGCACAACAUUGACCACCCUCAUCUUGCAGAACACAGUAACAUCUUCCAUUGCUUCCUCUCGUGCCACAGCAUUCACUCCCUUGGAAAGUUCACACUCUGCAACUACACUGCCUGUUGUUACAUUGCUAUAUCUAGAGACAGAAACAAGUACAGCCACAAAAUCCUUGAGUAAAUCAACAUCUCUUCUGGGCUCUACAAGAGGUGCCACAGUUUUAACUACCAUCUCUGCAGCAAAAACUACGACUGCACGUGGAAUGAAGUCAACAUCUCACAUUUCCUCAGUAACCACAGCUCCUGCAGAUGCACCCAAAACAACAGCUUUGGGCCUUGCAGAAACUCAGGGCAUGGACAAUGAUUAUUUUCUCAUUGCUGCCGAGCCCCUGACCCAGUACUUAGUGGAUAAAAGUUCGCUUCUUGCAGUGCUUUUAGUUGGUACUUUUUUUUUCAUGACUAUUAUAGUUCUCUUCCUUAUUCAGGCCUAUGAGAGCUACAAGAAGAAGGAUUACACACAAGUGGAUUAUCUGAUCAAUGGAAUGUAUGUGGACUCAGAGAUGUGAAAGGAUGGGGAUGAAACUGUAGUCAGAGAGAUGGAAAGCAGAUUGAAAGCCUGCCUGAUGUGGUUUUCUUUCCUAUUUGCCUAUAACAUAAACUGAAAGUGCUUCCAAAUUUACUUCUGGUGCAAUUGAGCGGAAAUGCCAUGUACUGUAUUAAGAAAAAGAAGGUUUUUUAAUUCAACUGUGCAACAGGUUGCUGUAAAAAAAGCAAUUUAAAAAAGAGUAAUUUUUAAAAUUUCCAUAUGCACAAAAGGUUUGGCCAUUAUUUUCCGUUGCAAAACAAACCUAACAAGCGGUAAGCCAUGAUCCUCAGAAAAUGCUGUGGCACUUUUUCAACUGUUUACGGUGAAAUUCCUUGUGUUACAUUCAUUUCACGUGUGCUCCUCUGAAAACAGAGCUAAGGAUACUAUCACCUUUUUUGAAGUGCUCUGAAAUCACCAGAUAAGUACUGCUGCAACAGGGGGCUUUUAAGCCAAUGCAUGUCAUGUUUCAGUAUGCUUCUUGCUUGUAAAGAGAUCUGUUUACAAGGCAUUGUAAACUCUGUUUACUGCUAAACCAAGAUGUCUUUUCACCAUGGAGCAGAUUACUGUGCCUCUGCACUUAAAUGAUCUUAUUUUUGUAUUCACUUAAUAAAUGGGGCCCUGUGGGCAUUUCUUAUUGCAUUUCUGUUUUCAUUCCUGUCCC